AUGUUCCUGGAUGAUGCGCAACAGUGCAUGAAGGUUAUCGACCAUCGACAGCGCGAGAUCAUCAUGUUGCUGCGUCGACCUGCUCUCGGGCCAAUGACGCCAGCCCGCCACUUCCGUAACCGUUACAAGCCUUCCGUCAUCGUUCAGCAUCUGCGCAAACAAGCAGCCAUUCAACUUUGGAGCUACGCAAUGUUGGAACUUCGCCUCUUCACUCUAAGUUUAGAAGUUGACAGCCGGUACCCGUCUUUCAGAUCCACUUCUUUCUCAUAUCCUGAUCUUGUACCUGACAUCUCUUCGUCUCUCCUCACAUCACCUUCCAUGGACGCGACUUGA